AUGAUGAAACUUUUAUCAAUAAUAACAACAGUGUUAUAUUUCUUCACAUUCUUGGUAUCAUCAUAUACAACAUCAAAUAUCAUUCAAGCAAAUGAUAAUAAUUUACAAUCACUUAUAAAAACUCGAGGGAAAUUUUCAUUUGUUGAUUUUUAUGCUGAUUGGUGUCGUCAUUGUAAAAAAAUUUCACCCAUUAUAGAUGAAUUAAGUGAAUUAUUUAUUGAUUAUCCUGAGAUUCAAAUAAUUAAAAUUAAUGGUGAUAAAGAUGGGAAAAAAAUGAGUAAAAAAUAUGUUGAUAUUGGAUAUCCGACAUUAUUAUUUUUUUAUGAUGAUGGGAGGAAAAUUGAAUUUGAUGGAAUUAGAGAUUUGACUAGUUUAAGUAAUUUUAUUCAACAAUUAAGUGGGAUUAGAUUAAAUGAAAGUAAAUCAACUGAUAACAAUGAGGAGGAGGAGGAGGAGAAGAAAAAGAAGAAAGAAAGUAGUAGUAGUGGUAGUAGUAGUAAUGUAAACGAUGCAGAUGAGGAAACGAACAAAUUGAUUGAAUUGACUCCGGAAAAUUUUGAUGAAAAAGUAUCACAAUCACCAAUAUCUAUUGUAUCAUUUGGAGCAUCAUGGUGUAAAUAUUGUCAAGAAUUAGAUACAGCAUUAGAUAAAUUAGCCAAUGAAGUAUAUAUACGUGAUAGUAACAACAACAACAACAACAACAAAAAAAAAUUAUGA